AUGACCCAUCACGCCACUGAUGAAACAAAGGGCAAAGUCCGACAGCGGCGCGCACACACGCGAAGCCGCACUGGCUGCUCAGAGUGCCGUAGUCGUAGGGUGAGAUGUGGCGAGCAGCGUCCCACAUGCGAGAACUGCGUUAAUAGCAAGAGAACGUGUGAAUAUCCACCUGUCAAGAUACCUUUGAGGGAGAGACGAGCGCUGGAGAAGGCCGGGGCGACUCAGCCGUGGGAACAUAUUCCCUGGGAGGCUCCGAGUUCUUCUAAAGGACCCAAGGUGCCUAACACGCAAGCUCUGGUUCGUCAGCUUAUUUUGUCAAGUUCUGCAACGACGUUGGACUGUGUGGCCAUUGAAAUGCCCCUCAAAUCACAUGAGCUCUUCAAUUACUUAGCCAUUACUGACAGCCCUUUGGUCUACGGUGAAACCCUUGUCACGUCUCCCACGGAGAACAACAAAGAUUGCAUGCCAUACACCAUAGCAGACCCCGAAGCACUACGCAAUGCGAUCUUAAUAGCAGCAACUCAUUUUACAUUCAAGGUCGGCAGCCUUGAAGCAUUUGAGCAUACUUUCCUCUUUCAUAGGAUCGAGACCGUGCGAUUGGUGAAAAAUUGGCUUUCAGGUGGAGAUCUCACCCUGUCAGCCGCCAUCACGAAACAAAUCGCUACCUUGGCGUAUACAGAGUUCUGCAGUGGUGAUAUGCAAAUGGCAGAAAAGCAUUUAAAUGUCAUCUACGCUCUUCCAUGCCGUUCAAGAGACCAGUCGACUACCGACGCCAAGACUCCUGACCAAGAGCUAUCUGAUCGAUAUUUUCUAUUAACCUCCACCUUCAUCCACGGCGUACAGACCGUUCUCCAUGGCAUCCUCCGCGCCGAAGACUCCACCAAGGACAAGAACAGCCUCUCGGUCUCCAAUCCCAUGCGUCUCAUGCACAAGUGGUAUAAGUCAGAGGGCCAGUACUUGCACUGUCUAAAGCUCAAAGCCAUACGCCUCUUCUCAACAUUCUUUAUACUACCUAAUAUUGGAGCAAGGCUCUCUGAAGUUUACAGCGCACCAAUAGUGAACAGUCUCCGCAAAGUCACCGAUGAAUUCUACAAUCUCACAGAAGCUCAAAAGUUACACGAUGGAUUCUGGAGAACCGGUGCAGCUGCUAGAGUUUACGACUCAGUCCUUGAAUCGCACCAAACCUCCAUCUCACCAACCGAUCAUGAACAUGAAACGACUUCAGAGGCUGAGCAAAAGACUUCAUGGUGCGGAUUAGUAAUUGCAGCAGAGUUAUUCCUUGAGCAAGUAGUCGUGUUAUGGAGGCCUUUCACAAAGGAGAUAUACCUCUGUAGCAUGAGGAUAUUCCAACGAGAUCUGACCUUUGCACUUCAGAAGACGAAGACACCAGAGAUUGCAGACUUGUUAUUCUGGGAAUCGUUUCUGGGGUUGAUGAGUCUUUAUUUGCAUGAGAAGCAAGGGGAUAUGGAGCGAGAGCCUGGUUUUAGGCCGUUUUUCGAGAGACUUAUAAAGGAACAGAGUCGAGAUAUGGGGUUGGAGAAGUGGGAGGAUGCAAGGAAGGUGUUGUUGAAUAUUGCAUGGCCGUUGGACUUUUCCGAGGAUGAUUACGUGAAGGAGAUAUGGGAGGCUGCAAUAGCUGACUAG